AUGAUGAAUGGUGGAGUUGAGUCAAAGACACGCAAGGGCCUUCCUGAUUUCCUCAGCUUUGUGAAUUUGAAAUACGUGAAGCUUGGAUACAUUUACCUGCUCUCUCUUUCCAGUACCUUCUGCUUCUUUCUUCCUCCUCUUCUCCUUCUCUUCAUCUUUGUUUCUCGGUUUCCCCCACUCUUGGCUUAUCCUUUAUCUAUCUUCUUGCUUCUUCUCCUUUACCAUUUUUUUACUCCUUCCUCUGUGUUCUUGCUUGACUUCUCAUGUUACCGCCCACCUGAUCAUUUCAAGAUCACGAAAAGCGACUUCAUCGAGCUGGCAAUGAAGUCUGGUAACUUCAACGAGACUUCCAUCGAGCUUCAGAGAACAGUACUGGACCAAUCAGGCAUAGGAGAGGAGAGCUACAUGCCAAGAGUGGUGUUCAAACCUGGCCACAAGGUCAACCUUCGUGAUGGCCGAGACGAAGCAGCAAUGGUGAUCUUUGGAGCGAUCGAUGAACUUCUUGCAUCCACCAAAAUCAACGUGAAGCAUAUCAAGAUCUUGGUGCUAAACUGCGGAGUGCUAAACACCACGCCUUCUCUAUCAGCAAUGGUGAUCAACCAUUACAAGCUGAGGCAUAACACGGAGAGCUACAAUCUUGGUGGUAUGGGAUGUAGCGCUGGAAUCAUAGCCAUUGAUUUAGCUAAAGAUCUUUUGAACGCUCAUCAAGGGUCAUACGCUUUGGUGGUGAGCACUGAGAUAGUGAGCUUCACUUGGUACUCAGGCAAUGACGUCACGUUGCUCCCACAAAACUGUUCAUUUCGGAUGGGAGCAGCUGCAGUUAUGCUCUCUAGUCGCCGUGUCGAUAGAUGGCGAUCCAAAUACCAGCUUAUGCAGCUAGUAAGAACACAUAAAGGCAUGGAUGACACAAGUUACAAGAGCAUGGAGUUGAGAGAAGACAGAGAAGGGAAACAAGGACUGUAUGUAUCUAGAGAUGUAAUGGAAGUAGCUCGCCAUGCACUCAGAGCAAACAUUACAACCCUUGGUCGUCUUGAGCCAUCUUUUCAGCAUAUAUGUAUACUGGCAACGAGUAGGACAGCACUUGAUGAGAUUCAGAAGGAUCUCAAACUGACUGAAGAUAACAUGGAGGCAUCGAGGAAGACACUGGAACGUUUUGGGAAUACAUCAAGCAGCAGCAUAUGGUACGAGUUGGCUUACUUGGAACACGAGGGGAAGAUGAAAAGAGGAGACAAGGUUUGGCAGAUCGGUUUCGGGUCAGGGAUUAAAUGCAAUAGUGUUGUAUGGAAAGCCCUGAAAAACAUAGACCCUCCAAGACACAAUAACCCAUGGAAUCUCUGA